AUGGCGCCUGCUCUGCCCAUCAGAUUUACGGAGCUCCUCCAGUUAACCAACCCCACGGUUGGCGUAGACCAAGCUUCAAUCGGAUUCAACUCAUGUACCCUCGAAUCCGACUCCUUCAUAUGCGUCCGCGAAAAGAAGAAUGAGGCCGCCUCUCCCGAAGUCGUCAUCAUCGAAAUCAAGAACAACAACAAUGUAAUUCGCAGACCUAUCAAGGCCGAUAGUGCUAUCAUGCACUGGACCAAGCAGAUCAUUGCGCUGAAGGCUCAAUCCCGGACACUUCAGAUCUUUGACCUUGGCCAGAAGCAAAAGCUGAAGUCGGCGACGAUGAACGAGGACGUCGUGUUCUGGAAAUGGUUCAGCGAGACAACACUGGGUUUGGUAACUGAUACGACAGUCUACCACUGGGAUAUAUUUGAUCCAAACCAGGCUUCGCCGGUAGAGGUCUUCAAGAGAAACCAAAACUUGACAGGAUGCCAAAUCAUCAACUACCGUGUCAGCGACGAUGGAAAGUGGAUGGUCCUAGUCGGUAUCACUCAACAGCAAGGACGAGUGGUCGGUGCGAUGCAACUAUACUCCAGAGAUCGUGGUAUCAGUCAAGCAAUCGAAGGACAUGCGGCGGCGUUUGGCACAUUAAGACUUGAGGGAGCUCCAGCAGAUACCAAGGUCUUUACGUUUUCCGUUCGUACUGCGACAGGUGCCAAGUUGCACAUUGUCGAGGUCGACCACCAAGCAUCAAACCCAACCUUCGCCAAGAAAGCUGUUGAUGUUUACUUCCCUACCGAGGCCGUCAAUGAUUUCCCAGUUGCUAUGCAAGUAUCGCAAAAAUACAGCAUCAUCUACCUGGUGACAAAAUACGGGUUCAUUCACUUGUAUGAUCUGGAGACAGGAACGUGCAUGUUCAUGAACCGAAUUUCAAGCGAGACCAUCUUCAUUACUGCCCCUGAUAAUGAAUCUGCCGGUAUUGUCGGUGUCAACAGAAAGGGUCAAGUACUUUCAGUUGCAGUUGAUGAGACUACCAUCAUCCCUUACCUUCUCCAAAAUCCUGCUAAUUCCAGCAUGGCGGUUAAACUUGCCUCUCGAGCCGGCUUGCCUGGAGCUGAUAAUCUCUAUGCCCAACAGUUUGAUCAGCUCUUGAACUCCGGAAACUACCCGGAUGCUGCCAAGAUUGCCGCAAAUUCCCCUCGCGGUUUCCUUCGAACACCUCAGACGAUUGAGCGCUUCAAGGCCUUGCCUUCCGCACCUGGACAGUUAUCCGUGAUCCUUCAGUACUUUGGCAUGCUCCUUGACAAGGGAACUCUCAACAAGCACGAGACCCUGGAGCUCGUCAAACCGGUCCUUGCACAAUCUCGGAAGCACCUCCUUGAAAAGUGGAUGAAGGAAAAUAAGCUUGACUGCUCCGAAGAAUUAGGUGACAUCGUGCGGCCUCAUGACCUCAACUUGGCUUUGAGCAUCUACCUGCGUGCUGGUGUCCCUGCCAAGGUCGUUGCUGCUUUCGCUGAGAGUGGUCAAUUCGAUAAGAUCUUGCCAUAUGCCUCUCAAGUCGGAUAUCAACCAGAUUAUGUAGUCCUUCUCCAGAACAUCAUCAGACUGUCGCCAGAGAAAGGAUCUGAGUUUGCAACCCAAUUGGCAAAUAAUGAGGGCGGCUCCCUCGUCGACAUUGAGAGAGUUGUCGAUGUGUUCCAGUCCCAAGGCAUGGUCCAGCCCGCGACAGCUUUCCUCCUUGAUGCUCUUAAAGAUAAUAAGCCAGAGCAAGCCAAUUUGCAGACUCGUCUCCUUGAGAUGAACCUGGUCAACGCGCCCCAAGUCGCCGACGCUAUCUUGGGCAAUGACAUGUUCUCCCACUACGACAAAGCCCGCAUCGCCACUCUUUGCGAACAAGCUGGUCUGUCCCAACGUGCUCUGGAGCACUACCAGGAUCCUGAGUCUAUCAAACGCGUGAUCGUCAACAUUGUAGCCACUCCCAACUUCAAUCAAGAAUGGCUCAAUAGCUUUUUCGGUCGUUUGUCUCUCGAGCAGUCACUUGAUUGCCUUGAUGCCAUGCUGAAGACUAACAUCCGUCAAAAUCUCGGAGCCGUUGUACAAAUUGCUACCAAAUACUCGGAUCUUCUCGGACCCGUACGAUUGAUCGAUCUGCUAGAGAAGUACAAGACCUCGGAGGGUCUGUUCUACUACCUCGGUAGUAUCGUUAAUCUUAGCGAAGACCAAGACGUCAACUUCAAGUACAUCGAGGCCGCAACCAAGAUGGGCCAAUUUCCUGAAGUCGAGAGGAUUUGUCGCGAUAGCAACUAUUACGAUCCUGUCAAGGUUCGUAAUUUUCUCAAGGAAGCCAAACUCACCGAACAACUUCCAUUGAUCAUCGUUUGUGACCGUUUCAACUUCAUCCACGACUUGGUUUUGUACCUUUAUCAAAACCAGCAGUUCAAAUCAAUUGAAGUCUACGUCCAACGAGUCAACCCAGCCCGAACCCCAGCAGUCAUCGGCGGACUUCUUGAUGUUGACUGCGACGAGUCGAUCAUCAAGAAUCUUCUCACGACUGUCAAUCCGGCUUCCGUCCCUAUCGAUGAGCUCGUGUCAGAGGUCGAAUCGAGAAACCGCCUCAAGAUCCUUCUGCCCUUCCUGGAGGCUACUUUGGCUGCCGGCAACCAGCAACAAGCUGUCUAUAAUGCUCUAGCCAAGAUCUACAUUGACAGCAACAAUAACCCUGAACGCUUCCUAAAGGAGAAUGACCAGUAUGAUACUCUCGUUGUUGGAAACUAUUGCAGCAAACGGGAUCCGAAUCUUGCGAUGAUUGCAUUUAGCAAGGGACAAAAUGAUCUUGAACUCGUCUCGAUCACCAACGAAAACUCCAUGUUCAAGGCUCAAGCUCGAUACCUCCUCGAGCGAGCUGACAAUGAGCUCUGGAGCUUCGUCCUCAGCCCAAAUAACAUCCAUCGCCGUUCUGUUGUCGACCAGGUCAUCUCAACUGCAGUUCCCGAGUCUACGGAGCCUGAUAAAGUUUCCAUUGCGGUUUCCUCUUUCUUGGCCGCUGAUCUGCCCCUUGAGUUGAUCGAGCUCCUUGAGAAGAUUGUGUUGGAGCCAUCUCCUUUCAGUGACAACGAGAAUCUUCAAAAUUUGCUCCUUCUCACGGCGACAAAAGCAGACAAGGGCCGAGUCAUGGAUUACAUUCACAGACUCGAAGCCUAUAACGCUCCCGAUAUUGCAGCCAUCUGUAUCGAGGUCGGUCUCUUCGAGGAAGCCUUUGAAGCUUACAAGAAGAUCAAUGACCACAAGAGCGCCGCCAACGUUCUCGUUGAGCAUGUUGUCAGCAUCGAUCGUGCCCAGGAGUACGCCGAGCGUGUUGAGCUCCCCGAGGUAUGGAGCACAGUUGCCAAGGCUCAACUAGAUGGUCUCCGUGUCAGUGAUGCCAUUGCAUCCUAUAUCCGUGCCGAAGAUCCGAGUAAUUACAACGAAGUCAUCGAGAUCGCUACUCAUGCUGGCAAGGACGAGGAUCUGAUCAAAUAUCUUCGGAUGGCAAGAAAGACUCUCCGAGAGCCACCGAUCGACACUGGCCUAGCUUUCGCAUAUGCCCGUACUGACCAGCUCAGCGAAUUGGAGGACUUCCUUCGAGGUACUAAUGUCGCUGACAUUGAGGUAUCUGGUGACAAAGCUUACGCCGAAGGUUACCACCAGGCCGCCAAGAUCUUCUUCACGAGCGUGUCUAAUUGGGCUAAGCUUGCAACUACCCUUGUCCACCUCGAGGAAUACCAAGCAGCUGUCGAGUGUGCUCGUAAGGCAAACAAUAUCAAGGUCUGGAAGCAGGUCAACGCUGCAUGCGUGGAGAAGAAGGAGUUUAGACUCGCCCAAAUUUGCGGUCUCAACCUUAUUGUUGAUGCCGAAGAGUUGCAGGACCUUGUCAAGCAAUAUGAGCGCAAUGGUUACUUUGACGAGCUCAUUUCUCUACUUGAGCAAGGCUUGGGUCUCGAGCGUGCCCACAUGGGUAUGUUCACUGAACUCGGUAUUGCGUUGUCUAGAUACCACCCAGACCGCGUGAUGGAGCACCUGAAGCUUUUCUGGUCGAGAAUCAAUAUCCCAAAAAUGAUUCGUGCCACCGAGGAUGCCCAUCUUUGGCCAGAACUGGUUUUCCUCUACUGCCAUUACGACGAGUGGGAUAAUGCCGCUCUUGCCAUGAUGGAGCGUGCUGCCGAUGCAUGGGAGCACCACUCAUUCAAGGACAUUGUCGUUAAGGUUGCCAACUUGGAGAUCUAUUACCGUGCCCUCAAUUUUUACCUUCAAGAACAGCCAUCUCUCCUGACUGACCUUCUUCAAGCCCUUACGCCUCGCAUCGACGUUAAUCGUGUUGUCAAGAUGUUCGAGAAGUCAGACAAUAUUCCUCUGAUUAAGCCAUUCCUUCUCAAUGUUCAGACCCAGAACAAGAAGAUCGUCAACAGUGCGAUCAAUGAUCUGUUGAUCGAGGAGGAGGACUACAAGACACUGCGGGAUUCCGUUGAGAAUUAUGACAAUUAUGACCCUGUCGAGUUGGCUCAGCGUCUGGAGCGUCACGAUCUGGUCUUCUUCCGCCAAAUUGCCGCUAACAUCUACCGAAAGAACAAGCGCUGGGACAAAUCCAUUGCUCUUUCGAAGCAAGAUAAGCUGUUCAAGGAUGCCAUUGAGACUGCUGCUAUGUCUGGCAAGUCGGACGUAGUUGAGGAGUUGCUGAGAUACUUCGUUGAUAUCGGCAGCCGUGAGUGUUACGUUGGUAUGCUUUACGCUUGCUACGAUCUCAUUCCCAUCCACGUUGUCAUGGAGAUCUCAUGGCGCCACGGUCUCACCGAUUUCACCAUGCCAUUCAUGAUCAACUACCUGGCUCAACAAGGCUCAACAAUUGAGAUGUUGAAGAAGGACAACGAGGAGCGCAAGCUACGUGAGAAGUCGAAUGAGAAGGAGGAGAGCAACGCCCCGAUCCUUGGAGGCAACCGACUGAUGAUUACUGCUGGCCCAGGUGGACGACAAUCGCCUGCUCCCUUUGCUCAGACCAAUGGCUUUGCGCCUCAACCAACAGGUUACGGUGGGUUCUAA